CCACCGUGUUGUCAACUAUCUCAGACCCACCCCGCCAUGUCGACGACUGCGAGAAAGACAUUCGAAAUCAACAAUGAUGUUCAAACUCUAGACCCGUCGGCGGCUAUCUUCCAGUACGGCCGCGAAGAGGAGAGUGCCCUCGAGAACAGUGCUCCUUGGAAGAAUGACCCACAUUACUUUCACACUGUCAAGAUAUCUGCCAUUUCUCUAAUCAAAAUGGUGACUCACGCCCGCUCGGGAGGCCUCUACGAGAUCAUGGGAGUGAUGUAUGGCAAAGUACGAGAUGGCACUUUCUGGAUCAUGGACGUCGCCGCUCUUCCCGUCCAGGGUACGGAAACCCGAGUGAACGCUGGUAACGAGGCAAUGGAGUACAUGGUCAACUUUCAGGAGUCCAACAGGGAAGCUGGCAAGGGUGAGCUUCUACGAGGUUGGUAUCAUUCACAUCCCGGCUACGGCUGCUGGCUUUCCGGUAUCGACGUCAACACUCAAAUGACGAAUCAGACCUUCAACGAUCCAUACCUCGCCGUCGUGAUCGACCCCAACAGGACUGUCUCUGCAGGGAAGGUUGAGAUUGGCGCGUUCCGCACCUACCCCGAAAACUACUCCCCGCCGUCCGCCGGCAAAUCUCAAUACCAGUCUAUCCCGAUGGACAAAAUCGAAGACUUUGGUGUCCACGCCGCAUCUUACUACCCUCUCAAGGUUGAAAUCUACAAGAGCAGAUUGGACGAAAAGAUGCUUGAUCUGUUGUGGAACAAGUAUUGGGUCGCAACCCUCAGUUCCAAUUCUCUGGUUUCGGUGGGCCACUUGCGCGAUCAAAGUAGGCCUUAUUUUGACGUUGUGAUUAGAACCUCGAGUACAACACCUCCCAGGUCAAGGACCUCAAUGCCAAACUCCAAGAUGCUACCUCAAACCUUUCUACCUCUUCUGCAAAACUGAAGCUGAAACCCGCCGAUGCUUCCAAAUCGACAUCCGGCAAGGGCAAGGAGAAGGAACCGGAAGAAGUUGAAGAAGAGGAAACCCCUUUGAGCAAAGUGGCAAAGUAUAGUACCCACAUCACUCAAGAAGCGCACAAUGGCAUUGUGUCUCAGCUUCUCAAAGAAAAGUUGUUCAGCACACCGCUAUCGCGGCCAGUGGGCGAAGAAGCGGCAUUGGCGGCGGUCCAGGGGAAGCAGGUGGUGCGCCUGUAGAACCAGUAUCACGAAAAAGUAGACGAGCUGGCUAGACACUGCAUGUAUCAUAUCACGUU